AUGGGACCUUCGGCGCCGGAGCUGCCAACUUUGGAGGAAGUGGCAGAGACCCUGCGCCAGCUCCAUGCGGAGCACGAGAAGCAGCUGCAGGAACUCCGGGCCCAGGUUUCAUUGCUUCAGUCGCCAACGGAGGCCACCUCCACAACCGUCGGCGCAAAGAGCGAUCAGACGGAGCACGGUGGCUUCAGUGGCCAGGCGACGGUCGUGCUGGAUGAUGACGACGACGAGAGCUUGUGCGAAGUUCAGGAGCCCGGCGGGGAUGCAGCCAAGCUUCCCGGAAUGCCAGACUCUCCAAAAGCAGAGACGGCAGAGGCCUCCUCCGAGAGAAGGGAGAGCUCCCACUCGGGGUUCACGUCCUCGAGCGGUGGAUCCCUGAAAGCAGGGAAGGCCAGCACGUGGGCCUCGAAACAAUAUCGAGCUCCGGGGGAAGAUCCCGCUGGAGGUGAGGCCCCAAACAUGGAGAACCUCCGGCCGGAGCUAGCGCGCCAUCUUCAGGCUUCUUUGCGGGUGCGGAAGGCGAGUAUACCUGGCGAAGGGAACUUCAAGCUGCAUCCCUUCUUCGACGCUGCACAGAGGGCUGGCCUCCGGCGAACGAGUUCCGAGGACGUGGGGAUGGACGUGACAAACUUGGCCAACGAGGGCCUCGAGCUGAGGGAUCGAGACGAGUCGCAAAAUCUACGCACCACACGCAUGACAAGGAUCUUCGCGGAAACCAACAAAGACGGCAACGAGAAGCAGCCGCCCUGGUGGAUCGCGCAUCCUGGCAAUCGGAGGAACGUGGUCUGGGAUGUCUUUGGCGCCAUGUUCGUCCUCUACGAUUGCUUCGUGAUCCCGCUGCGCGUCUUCAACCCACCUGUCACCCCUGUGUGGGUCCUUGUCGAGUGGCUGGGCAUCAUCUACUGGACGAUCAACAUCCCUGUGACCCUGACCCUGGGUUACGUCGUGGAUGGGGAGGCCAUCAUGAACCCUUACAGCAUCUUCAUGCACUAUCUCAAGACCUGGUUUGUCGUGGAUGCCAUGGUGUUGCCCUUUGACUGGACUUUCGCAAUCAUGGACGUCGAAGCGGAAACAGGUACGGAUGGUGAGGUCGUGAAGCUCCUGCGGGCAUUGAGGCUUGUGCGCACGGCACGGCU